AUGGAAACUAAAGAAGAAUAUCAAGUGAGCAAAAAAAAACAGAAAAAAAAGCACUAUUUUAACUGUAAAAAGGGUUUUUGUAAAACAGAAAAUCAUAAAAAGGAAUUGUCUGAAAAAAAUGCUGAAAAAGAAUGUUUUGAUAUAAAAAGUAGAAUAGAAAAGUUUAGACAAUUGAGAUUAAGGAUGAGAGUUUCAGAAGAAGAAAAUCGGAAGGACUUAUUUAGUGAAUAUUGCCGUUUGAAAGAAGAUCCAAAGUUGGCAAAAAAAAUUGAAUUUAAACGUCAGAAUGCUGAAAAGAAACUUCAGAAACAAGAAACUAUAGAAAAAGGUGAAAAUUAUGAGAGAAAACGUGCAUGGGAUUGGUCUAUUGAGGAAUCAGAACGAUGGGAUCAAAGGAUGAAAGAAAAACAAGAAGCACGUGAUAAAUCUUUAUUUGCAGAUUAUACACAAGCAGCUCAACAUAGUUAUGAAAAAUUGAUGCGUAAAUUUAAACCAGAUUUAGAAGCAUAUGAAAAAGAACGGGCCAAAGUGAUAGGUGAUAAGGAAUCUUUAGAAGAAAAUUCGUCGGAUAUGUCAAAUACAUAUGAAUCGUUUUAUAGAGAUGCAAACUUUCUUGGGUUUGCAAAUAGCAAGCCAAGUAAGAAGGCAAUUGAUCGUCUUGUUGAUGAUCUCAAUAAACAGGAAGAAAUGAGGAAGAAGUCAAGAAGACGGUUUGAUCCUGAUAAUGAGGAUGUUAGCUAUAUGUAUGUUCUAAAAAAAUGGUUUAUUGUUAUAUUAAUCGGGAUGUUAGAAAUGAGAGAAAUGCGAAUUUUAAUAGAAAAAUUUCGAGAUUUUAUGAUAAAUAUACAAGAGAAAUUAGAGAAAGUCUUGAAAGGGGUGUUUAAAGAUAUGCUGGAAUUGCUUAUUACAAUAAUAUAG